AUGGGUAGACGAAAGAUUGAAAUCCAGCCGAUCCGGGAGGAGAGGAACCGGACCGUGACGUUCAUCAAACGUAAGGCAGGUCUGUUCAAGAAGGCGCAUGAGCUGGCGGUGUUGUGCCAGGUGGACGUGGCGGUCCUGAUUUUGGGUUCGAACAACACUUUUUAUGAGUUUUCGUCCGUGGACAUGCAGAAUAUGAUCGAGUACUACCAGAGGGAUGAUCUGGCGCACGACGUGAAGGGACCGUCGGAUUUUGGAGCGUACCAGAGGAAGUCGCACAUAACGCUCAACAAACAUGCCGGGCGGAAGUCGCGGAAGGGCUACUAUGGCGCUGGGAGCAGCGGACAGCAGCGACAGGGGAUGGCCGAGCAGCAGGAGGACGAGAACGGCGAGGAAGAGGCGGAAGACGAGGAGGAGGAGGACGCAGAGGACAGUGACAGGCGGGAGGAUCGGCGUGCGGGCUCGAGAGAGCCCAGCGUGACGGCGGGCGCGAGGCUUACGCGGAGUGCUCUCAAAAGAGAGCAGCAGCAGCAGCAAUCGGAGGCCAAGAAACAGAAGAUAGACGCCCAGCUGCCGAAAUUCAAUCCUUUGCAGCAGAUGGUGCAGAGACAGUUCCAAAAUCUGUAUAAGGCAGCGUCGAAUCCGCCGAGCCAGGCGGGCUCCUCGAUGCUUGGAAACUCACCAGCGGUACCGGAGAGCGCAGCUCGUGCCGAGAUCAGCUAUAGUAGCGGGUCGCUUGAUACCUCAACCAAAGUGCCGGAAGCGGCGGGGGUUACAGCGUUGCAGAACGCGGUGCCGGUGGGUAGCACGCCGUCGAGCCGGAUAAACUCGCAAGUUGACAGCAAGAGAAGGCCUGUUCUUAGAGUCCAGAUCCCGAGUAGCAACACAUCGUACAAUCCGGCGAUUCAGAGCGCAUCUUCGUCUAGUUCGUCUGUUGGAGCGACUAACGCAAACGCAAGCGUGGCUGGUCUCGUCUCCAGGAAUUCAAGCGCUGUAAGGUACGAUUUGCCAGCGAACCAACAGACCCCAAAGAGGCAGACGCCGCCUGCUGGCGCUAUCCAGGGAAGCGACAUUGGCGCAAAAUAUCUGAUGCCGGACAAGAACGAUCCGAAUAGACUAAGUGCGAAGCCGCCGAGCGGCAACUCCUUCGGACUGCCGCCGAUGUUCUCGGCAUCGCCGGCAUACCCCCCAUAUCUCGCCACGCCAUUGCAGGCUUCCGGCAUUGGCGGCCACUCAGCAAAUAUCCAUGGCCCGCCAUAUCCCAUGUUGAAACAAUUACAGAUGUCCCAACAAUACGUGCAACAGCACCAUCAACACCAAGGCCAGGCAAACUUGCCGGCGCAAACACCACGCAAUCCCGUACGAGCAUCUACACCCCCACCCGGCGACCAUUCAGCCGGACCUUUAACGGGCUCGUUGCCAUCGAAAUUCGCUCAUGAUCUGAUGGUGCCAUCGCCCAACACUACAAUGUCAAUGUUCCAAGACUGGACCAUUGGUCCUGGUACAGCCAAGGCCCCUCCAAGCAUACCAAGUAAUCCGGUCCCCGGAAGCGAGAUCCCAGCAUCUACUUACAACAACGGAAGUACUGGUUUGACUCCAUAUAUGAUGGUAAAUCAGACUCCACUGGUCAACCGGUUCUUCAGUUUCUCAAGUGAUGCAACAGAUGAUAAAAAUCAUGGAAAUACAGAUGUUCUCAGCAACAGCAAAGGUCCUUGA